AAUAUGGAGAAAGUGCUUGAGGGAAGUACUGUUUGUGUGAUGAUGAACCACAUUUCAGUGGUGUGCAUGCCAAUACCUAUCUCAUCUCGUCUAGAUCAAUUCAGACAGACUCCCUCUGUGGAUCGAUAUCUCCGAAUCUAAAACUCUCUUUAUUUUGCUCAUUUAGCACUGCUGGAUUGUUAAACAGACUAUAUUCGAUUCUGAAAUGCUGAUCUUUUGGUAAGUUGGAGAUGAUUCCCUUCUGGCUGCUGUAUUUGAAGUUGCUGAGAGGCACAGCUGGAGUGAAAAAGAAUAAUGGAAAUGAACUGAGUGAAGACUGCAGCCGCACUCAAAAUCUGAAACAAAAAGAACAAAAAUACUUCUCUGAAACAGUAACCAUGGAGACAAGCCAGCUCUCAGAAAUGGCUACUGUAGUCGACAAUAAAAUGGAUCCUGUUGAAUCAGAAAUGUCUGAAAAUAAAUACUCGCCUGGAGCAGCUGGGCAAGCUAGUUUCCAGGCAGAUUUCUCAGAGUCAAAAGAAGCACAAGAUACAACAGAAAUCUGUGUUGCCACGGCACGAGGUGAAAUUCAAAGUGAUGAAUAUGAGGGCUUUGAAAAUGAAAAACAGGGUCUGAAAGAAGUUAUAUUCCAAGAUGAAGCUUUAAUUCUAGAGGUCGGAUUAGUUGAGUUUAAUCGGACAGAAUCUAUUACCUCUUCAGUAUCAGACACAACAUCUAGCGCAGGAAGUGUCUGUGAAAAUGAAUUCAUUGUCAGAAGACAAGAACCGGACAGCCAGGAUCAUCCAGAAAAUGUGAUUACUGUGGAUGAAUCUGGAGUCAGCCAUGUCACAGAAACAACAGAACAUGCAGUCCAAGACAUCAUAGCUAAAAGCCCCGGAGAUGAAGAACUGGAGACCUCUUUCUUAGAGCAAUGCAUUAAAGAAGAAACACUUUCUGAUGUGUCCACAGAAUCCUGUCAUGAACUUGACAACAAAGAACUGAUUGAGAGUCUACAGGAUGAAAUAGCUGCUGCUUCUUCAGACAGUGAAAUUGAUGAGAAAUGGAGAGCCAUAUUUUCUUCCUCUGUCAAUAAGGAAGGUGAAGAUCUCUUUUUGGACACCACUAAUGAGUCAAACACCCAGGAACUGUUGUUUGAAGAAACUGACAGGGAUCUGCUCAACCCUGAAGAGCUCAAUCAGAAGAAUGACGAAGUCUCUGACAUCAUAGGUAUUGAGGACAAACCUGAGUACCUCACAGAACAUGACUUUCAAGCACAGGACCAUUAUUACAGCUCUGCUCCUCUGCUUCAUGGAUUAUCCAAAAUUUCUGAAGAUGAGGAAGAACUUAGUCAAAGUUUGAAGCAGAAUAUUUAUGUAUCACACUCAGCUUUGUCAGAUCCUACCAAGAAGAUUCCUGAUGAUUACUGUGUAAUUCAAGAGACUAAGAAUGCAAAUGUCAGCACAGAGCAUGUUGACUUUAGAGAAGCACGAAAACAGUUUCGGAUGAUGGAGGAGCAAACAAAAUGCCAGGCCUGCCAACCUACUGUUAAGCCAAAUACAUGCCAGGGUGGCCAUAGCUUCAUGUACACUCCGGUCAGAAACAUCGACAGGCCAAAAAAAGAUCCUGAGGGUGAUAGUUUAGGGUUAAAUGAUUAUCAGAAUACUCUUUUCAGUCCAUGCUCAGAAGACUCUGGUCUGGGUGACCCCAGCUAUAGAUCCCCUUACGAUGAUCCAAGUUUCGCCUGUGACUUCAAAGACCUUUCAGAUUCAUCAUACAGUCGCCGGCUCAUUCCUGAGACUCCCAUUGAAAAGGAAAUCCGCCUGGCUUUGGAGAGGGAAGAGAACCUCCGUCGUGAAAGAGGGCUUUCAAAAUCAGUCAACACUAAUGAAUGUACAGAGACCAAACCUAAACCUGUAAUUCUAAAUCCAGGCAAGUACGACAAGGGAAUGUGCCAGGAAAUUGAGGAGAAGAGAAAGAUGUUUGAAACUCGGGAAGAAGUCUGCACUUUGCAGAGGUCUCCAAAACCCCCAUCUUUCACUAUAACAGCCUCACCAUCAAAAGGGCCUUUGUAUCAUGAAAUGGCCGCUAGUAAUGUCAUCAUUCUGGAGCCAGACACUUAUCUCUCUUCCCCAAGACACCGUGCAAAAGAUGCACUAAUUUCUCCAGUGGCUAAGAAGUCAAAUGAAUGGCCUUCAGAGGCAACCAAUGUUAUCAUACUUGAGACCUCCAACCUUAUCAUAAGGAGUGCAUCAGAGUUUUGCCUGAACUCUGCGUCAGAGGAGAGUCAAGAAAACACAUUCCAGAAUAAUCCUUUCUUCAAACUGCGUUCCAGGAGCACCCAGUCUCUUGUAGAUCAGGAAAUUAAAGUAGCCAAACAGAGAGAGGAAGAACUCCAGAGGCAAAGAGCAAGUCUGUAUGCAAAAGAGAAGUACAACACUGUCCUGGUAUCGCCGAAUCUGCUGGACAGCCUGACCUUUGACAAAUCAGAUUUGCCGGUGAGAUGUAGAUCUUCUCCAUCGUCACCAAUGAAGACAGCAUACAAAAUGGAUCGAUCAACACUUUCUUGUGAGACUAAGUUUCCAGAUUCCUUCUCUGGAGCUCGUCGCAAAAGUGCCAUGGCAUUGCGCUGGGAGGCUGGGAUGUUUACCAAUCAAGAACAAGAAUGAACAGAGGAUGCCAUCCAAAGUAAAACAUAUAGAUAUUCUGCUACAUUUGUCUAAAACAAUGGUGCAGGUCUAUAUUUGCUCAUGGUUAAGCAUGACAACGAGCUGCUUUUGUAGUUUUAUUGAUAAAAGGUUUAUGCACAAAUGAGCCAGAACAUAUAUUCUUUGUUGUUUUGUGGAAAUGCCACAAUGCCUGUGUGCUAUUUGGAUUUCGUAUUUAGUCCACAGUUCUUUACGUAUUACUUAUACAGUGUAAUUGUGUUGAGCACAGCUUUUGUACAUCAUGUCCAUGCUUCUCUGGAGGUAUACUACAGAAAGGGAAAAUGGCAUUUAUUUAUUGGAUUUUCUUAUCAAAUUUACUCACCUGGCACUUCAGAUAUGUAUUUUUUUCCCAAAAUGUGGAAAUAGAAUUUGAGUCAGUGACAUAAAAAUCACAAACAUUUAGAAACCAAUUUAUUUUAGGCAUUCAGCAGUAUGCAUCCCAUAGUAACAGUAGAUCAUUUUAACUUCUUUCAAAAUGCCUGAUUUUGUGUUUGCAAUAUUGUUAAUUUUUGUAAGCUUGACUGUGAAAUGGUGUCGUUUACGAAUAUGUUUUCAGAUUUAAUUGUACUACUUGCUUAUUCCUGAAUUUGAAUAUUUCCUAUAAUACAGGAGCACUUUGAUUGCCUUUUCACAGCUAAUUUUUUGCUUGGUUAACCUUGUAUUUUGAAAAAAAUGAGUGUGUGGCAAAAGGUUGAUGCAAAAUAAAGGUGUGGUGAAUCAUUUAGAG